GUUAAAAAAUGAGUCUACAUUUAAUUGUUUCUCUUUGGUUUUAAUUUUUUUCGUACAUUUAUAAAUUUUGCUAUGAAGUUUGGACUUUGAAAUUUGUCAAUUUAUUCACAAUUAUAUAUCAAUGUAUAUAAUACAUUUAAAUGGCUCUUUGUUAUAAUAUCGAAGUGUUCAGCAUUUUGUUCCAUUCUCCACAACUCGUCUAAUUAAAUGUUUUUGUUUUGUUUACUGACAUUUAUUAUAUAUUGUUAUUAAGUCUUAUUGUGAGAAAAUGAAUGUUUACAAACAAAAUUUAUCCGCCAACUCCUCAGUAGCAUCAUCACAAAUAAGCAGUUACGAAGAUACUGACACAACUAAAAUAAAAAAUUACGUCAAAGACCUAUUAAAAUCGCGAAUUUUCUUGGGUCGCUAUAUAGAACGAAGAUUGAUAGAUCAGCAUAUAGGCUAUCGUGAUGUCGUUGUAAUAAGUGCAGCUGAGACAGAGUUAAAAAGAGAUUUAUUAGAGGGAUUGCAGAAGUUACGUCAUGUUUGUAGCACCCACUGGAUUGGAAUUACAGACAGAGAAAUAUUGGGACAAGGCUUAUCAGGGAUUUGCUUGUGGACAGAAAUAGAAAAUCAACCAUUUGGACCUUUCUGGUUUCAAAUUAAAACAAUAAAAUUCAGAGAGCAAGAAGUCAUUGUUUUGCUCAAGUGUAUAAGGCAUAUAUCUGAUGCAUUUUUGGAAUUAGAGCCUAUAUUGACAGGUGCUGCAAAGAAACAAAAAGAAAUAAAUGAUAGUGCACCUGAGAACAUACCACUCAGUGAAACCUAUAAGGAGAUUAUUGCUAAUCUAAAAAAUGCUCUUUCAAUAAGUAAUGUUAAAGAGUUCUUCACAUUUCUAUUUGCAUUUAUAAUUGCAGUAUUUACUGGGAGUACAGCCUUUAUUAAUUUCCUUGGUAAUUUUGUAUUAGCAUUAAUAAGGGAAAUGUCUAUAUUAAUCAAAAAUUCCACACCAAUGUUUUUAGGUAUGUUAGAUUUUUUUAGUAAGAUUGUUGGUGGUUUUUAUAUAUUGUUAGCAAUGUUUUUCAAACCAAACAAUCCUGUUCCAAUAAAUAAAAGAUAUAUUGCCAAUGAUAGACAACAAAGACAAAACUAUUAUGAUAAUCAACAAUAUGAUGAUAGAAAUUUUGAUUAAGGGUUAAAUGAAGAUGUGUUUGUUAAUAUUUAUAAAAUAUACCAAAGUAUGUGUGAUCUAAAGUUAUCUUCAUCAAAUCUUUAUAAAUUUGGAUAAAUGGUGGUUGGUGUGUUAUUAUAUUUAUUCACUUAGAAGGUAUAUAUUUGAUAAUCUGAAAUAUGAAUUUUUUUUUACAUCUGCCAUGUAUCCUAAUAGGUGUAAGGUCCAAUAUUAUUUAAUUUGAAGUUUGUAGUUAAUAACAUUUUUGAAGACAUUCCAGAUUUACUAUUGCAUUUCUUUUUAUUAAAUUUAAUAUAUGCAAGAUUAAACACAACCACAUAGAUAAAGUAUAUACUUGUUGUCACACACCUGAUAUAAAUGAUGUUAACAAAAUUUGCAGAAUUAUUUUGAAUUUUGACUAUUAGUUUCAUUAACACUGACCAGAAACUAGAAAGGUUCAGUAAAUGAUUAAUAAAUGUUUUAUAUAUAUCAAAUAUUUGAGGAUAUUUCAUAUGCUAUUGCUUGUAUAGGUUAUUUACUGUUCAUGAUUUAUAUUUAAAGCUAGGGUGUGAGCAAAUACAACUAUGCAUUAAUUAAUUAAUAUUAUUUAUUAAUUUAAUUUAUAAUAAUUAUAUAAUAAAUAAUGAGAUUUCAAGAUACAAGUAGUCUUGUGGAGUCUGAAAAUGUGAUUUAUUUUGUACUAAGUUAACAGAGCUUGUACAUUUGUUUGUAAUGUCUAUUACAUUUUAUAUAGAAAUAUUUUUUACAGAAAUUAUAAAGCUUCUACCAUAUUUUUGAGUGAUUUUAUUUUUCUAUAGGUACAAUAAUAACUGAACUCCGUAUAUCUAAAACAAUACAUAAUAUGAGUAGUUAAAUAUAUAAAACAAACUUAAGUUAAUGUAUUGGCUAUGUCAUGCAAUUUCAAGUAAAAAAAAAAAAAGAAUUUUCUAAAAAGUAGGAUUAAAGUUUUUAAGUCCUAUUGUAUAAUUGAAGUUACAUGAGUUUCAGAAAUAGAAAAUCCAAUAAAUUUCUAGAUGACAUAUGAAGAUAACAUCAAAUUGUAAUUUGUACUUUUAAAAAACAACUAUAUAUGCAACCAAUUUGGUGUAGAAAUUUUUAUGUGAUGUUGGAUAAAACAGACGGGCAAACAAAAUUUGCAAAAAAUAUUGUUUUCAUAUCUAUUAGUCUCAUUAAGACUCAUACUGUAGCGGAGGGAGACUUAAAACAAAAGUAGUUUGCUUGGGCAUCUCAGUCCCAUUCAUGUGUCUACUGUGAAGCAGUUGUGUUUGCAUAGCUGUGUUACAGUUUGAAGGGUAUGGCAGUGAAUUUACAGGGUACAGAGGAAUAAUAUCCCGAGUUCUUAGAAAUGGCAACGCAUGGGGGGUAUCAUGGGAGAAAUAGUUAUAUCUAUGGCACUGCUCAUAUUUAUAGGCGAUGAUUACUACUUUCCAUCAGGUGCAUAAAAUGUUUUAUUUAUCCCCCAUGUACAGACAUCAUCUAGGUACAAUUGAAUUGUAAGAAAGACUCUGUUUUCCGCACUUAGCCUCUCAUUUGGGCCGUUGUGCGUGGUACAAUCGAAUUAUAUUAAUAGGAACUUGUGAAGUCAGUUUUUAUAAUUUCUUGAGGCCCAUAUUGACGCUGGCAGCGCAUAACUCAUGUUACUUAUUGAAAUUUGUAUGACACAGCAGUGUAGGCAUGUUAUUAUAGUACCUUUGCUGAACUUUCGAGAUCUGUUGAGUACACCAGUAGGCUUCCAAGAAGGUACUAAAAAUAUAGAUAUUGUAAUUAAUAUUGUUCUACUAGUACUGAUAAUAUUAAGAACACGUCAAUUAAUUAACACAGAUGUAGGCCUUGGGAAUGUCUCAAAUUCAGAAAUCGAUUUGGUUUAAUUUUUCUUGAAGUUGGAAAAUUUAAUAUUUGGAGGAGUAGGGAUUUUGUUAAAUAAUCACACAGAGAAUUUUUACAUUUAAUGCAGUUAGUGGGCAUCGGUUGAAAUAAUUAGAUCCCAAAUCAAAAUACUAAACAACCAAACCUUUGCGUUUUGACGACUGGCGAUGUCUAUUAGGGGACAACCCAAGUCCUAAUUUGGAUUUAUUGCUUUUCCUUGUAUUUCUCUUUUGGGUAAUCUGAUUAAAUUCAUUUUUCAUUUUUAUCGGCUAAAAUAUUUUAAAAUAUUAUUGUUAUUUUACAAUAAAAAAAUACAAAAUAUUA